UCUAUACUGUCAACUUUCCAGCGCGCGGAAUUGUACAGGGGUGGGAAUCGUUGUGAAUACUUUUUACACUUUAUUGUCUUGCCACCUGUUUAAACAUUAUUUUAUCAUAUAACGUAAACUAACGGCACCAUGUGGAACCAAGGGGGAUCAUACGGUGAAUCAAACAUGGGUGGUGGAUACACUCAGUCCCCGGGAGGAUUCGCAUCACCUGCUGCCUCCCAGGGAGGAGAGAAGAAAGGGAGACAACGUGCCCAACAGAUUGUCCCCUGCACAGUGUCCCAGCUCAUGUCUGCUGCCCAAGCGGAGGAUGUCUUCAAAGUGGGAGAGGUAGAGGUUGCCCAGGUUACAAUUGUGGGCAUCAUCAGAACCACUGACAAAUCCAUGACCAACAUCCAGUACAAAGUCGAUGACAUGACAGGGGCCCCUAUGGACGUGAAGCAGUGGGUAGAUACAGAGGAUCCCAGUGUGGACAGCACUGUCAUCCCCCCAGGCACUUACGUUAAGGUCUCUGGCAAUUUGCGCUCCUUCCAGAACCACAGGUCCGUGGUGGCGUUCAACGUCCGGCCCCUUCAGGACAUGAACGAGAUCACCUCCCACAUGCUGGAGGUGGUGCAGGCACACAUGUUGCUCAGCAAACCACAGACUAUUAUGAUGGGCGGAGGAGGGGGAAUGAACACUAGCAUGGUGCCCAUGUUACGGCCGGGAAUGGGUGGCAACAUGGGAGGUGGAUACUCGGGUGCUAACGACAUGUCCACUAACGGCCUGAGCCCAAGCCAAAACCAGGUGCUGAGCUUGAUAAGGAGCUGUCCAGACGCACAGGGUAUAAGCACACAGGACUUGAAGCAGAGUCUCAGCGGCUUGAGCUUGGCUGUCAUCAAGCAAGCAGUGGAGUUCCUCAGCAACGAAGGACACAUCUUCUCCACCAUCGACGAGGACCACUUCAAGUCUACGGACAAUGAUGACUAAAGCAUCUCUCCAUUCCCUGUUAGCACUAAGAACAUGAUCAUAGUCUUGGGAUCAUUCUCAACACACUGUGCGCUAUGAGCGGACGAUUGUGUAUAUAAGGAUAAUGUCCAAAACCCUCUUAGAAUUUUAAGAUCUCUGAAAUAGAACCUGUAGUCAUUAUUGGAACCAUGAUUCAUACUGAGUAACAUCAUGGGAUGUCUAUAUAAUCCUGAGUGUUUUUGUGAAAUUAGGCCUUCUUGGUUUGACUGACACAUCCUGUUUCAACUUCCAUUUCGUUAAUUAUAUUACAGUAUGAGUGGGUGCAUCACAGGCUAAUGGUUUUUCUCACAGUGAAUGCAAUCUGUGACUGACCAGUUCCUGAAUCAUUGGUAUUGGUAGUUGUCAUUUAAAAAUGGUGAACAGAAUGCAAAACAGAAUGCCAUUCCUAUUCAGAUUUUUUUAUGUCUCUGUUUUGUUUUUGUCUCUAGUAAACAUAUUUUCAGAAAAAUGUUCUCCAGAUAUUUGUUCCCCAGAUAUUACUAUUACUUUAUAGUCAAUUGGGAAGUAUCUCUUACAAUGUGUAUCCUUAGAAUUCAGAAAUAUAAGAUCAUACAGUAUUGAUAACCAAAGCAAUGAUACAUAUGCACCAGUAAAGCUUUGUAUUGCGAA